AAAUAGAAAGCCCUAGUAGCCAAUCAAAGCAAUCCGCCUGCCCCCAGCACCGCUCCUCCUCCUCCUCCUCCUCCUCUCCAAUCGCUGCGGCGGCGGCGGCAUCCUCCUCCUCCUCCUCUCCAAUCGCCGCAGCCAAUCCACUCAUCCAUCCACCUCGUAGCCGCGCUCCGCUCCGCUCCUCGCCACGCCACGCCUCUGGAGAUCCAGCCGGACUUGGAUUGCUUCCUUCGUCUCUGGGGAUCUUUUGGCCUCAUGCAUCCUUCUGGAUUUGUCUAGUUCCUAAACCCUUCUUUCAGACUGGCAGAUAUCAAGAGGCCAUACACAUCUCGCACCUCUAAGUGGGUGUGGGCCUGCAACAAUUCCUUAAACAGCUUAUCUCUGCCUUUGGGAGUAAGCCCAACUUACAUCUGGAGACUGCGCCGAGCCUUGGAAGGUCUUUUUGUUGAUUACGGCUAAGUUCCGACGGCGGCUGAGAUGUAACAAAUUUGCUGGGCUGAGUUCUCUAGAAAAGGUCCUGUGAUUCAGCAAUGUGAUUGGUUUCAUACUGUUUUUUGUGUCUUGGUGAUCAAAGCAAUCUGGUGUAAGCUCAGUUGAGAUCGCAGUUGGUUUCUUAUGGUUAGGUUCUUUUGCUUUUCAUCCUCUACUGCACAACACAGAUCCAAGGAGGGUUUUUCCCCAGCAGAUGAAGCCAUGCGUGCUGCUUCGAAUAAUGCUCAGGAACAAAAAGUGAACUGCAUGACUGGGUCAGCUAAUCCAAACCAGAUGGCAGAUGAAAAUAAUCAUUCAGCUGUGAGCGGGCAUUAUGGUACCAGCCCAUCAUCUCAUCAAGAAUGCUGCAGGUCAGAAGAUUUGAAUAGAUAUGCAUGCUCUGAUGAGGAGGGCAAGGAGGUUGGGCACCUGAAGAAGAGCCAGUCUCUUGGAAACAUGCUUCAAAAGGAUCAUGAUCAUAAUUGUUGCGAAGGUACUGAGUAUGAUUUUACAGACCAUGAACACAAAUGCCACCACUCUAUUACAGUUGUUGGAGAACCUACUAAGGUGUGCAGCCCGAAAAAUGAGAAUGCUUUUGAUGCCUCGUCUGACCUGAUUAGCCAUGACUUUUGUGAGCCUUCAGGUGAUCAUGCUGUUGACUCUGAUAGCCAUCAUCGCAUAUCUUAUGCCCAAAGCAAAUUCCCAAGAUCUCAAUCUGCCAUAUUUCAGAAUGAAUCCACCAGUGAUCGAGAAGGUUCUGUUGAUUCUGAGAUACUAGGGUCUCGUUGCAGAUCUUAUGAGGGUUUAUGUUCACUGAUUGAUGAGAAGGUUGACUACCUGAGUGGUGGUGAAAUGCACCGAUGCAAAUCGAAUUUGGAUGUGUAUUGCGCACCUUCUUCUCCAGAUGUAUACCAGAAAUUAAACAUCGAGGGUAAUGGCUCAGUUGGUUGCUCUGAUGCUGCUGAAGAGGGUCAACGGUCCGCCGGAAGCACAGAAGAAAAUUUUAUCAGGGAUGGGAUUCUAGUGGGUCAUGAAUACUGGGAUGGCAAAUACAUUUGUGGUGAACACUCGGUGGAUCCAGUUGUCCCUUUCUGUGCUGAUUCAGGGGAUGUUUUUCACCAUUCUGGGCAUGAUGAUGGCCUCAGUGAAGCUAUGGAUCAAGAGCGAGAAGAGAAGCUGUGGAACAGAGACAGCGCACACCACCAGUCGCUUGUCGUUGAAGUGCCUGACUCGGUGAACAUAUCUGAUACAAAGGACAUUAGUGGAGAAGCUGAGCAUAAUAAAACUGAUAUUGACGAGGACCCAAAUGAACUUACUCCAAGAACCUACAACAUUAAAAGAAUUGAAGAUUGGAUCAACCAAAUUAAUAUCGAUGAUGUCACUUUGGAUGAGCUAGGAGAAAGUUCAAUUUCUGCUCCAGCUAUACCUAGUGAGCCAACAGUUGGUGUUCCUGUGCGGCCUGAUGCUAAAAGUCCACUUGGCAUGGAGAUAGCUUACACUUAUAUUUCAAAAUUAACUCCUGCUUCAUCAUCAGCACAGUUGGCAAACCUUGGCUUGGUUGUGAUCCCAAGACUGAGUGCAUUCUCAGGCUUACGCCUAUUGAACUUAUCAGGGAACUCAAUUGUGCGCGUAACUGCAGGAGCUCUUCCAAAAGGCCUUCACAUGUUAAGCCUGUCGAAGAAUAACAUCUCAACAAUUGAAGGCCUCAGAGAAUUAACACGACUGCGCUUGCUGGACAUCAGCUACAAUAGGAUAUCUAGAAUUGGCCAUGGAUUGGCCUCCUGUUCAUCGUUGAAGGAGCUGUAUCUGGCUGGUAACAAGAUCAGUGAGGUAGAUGGUCUUCACCGCCUUCUGAAGCUUAAGGUUCUGGACUUGCGCCAUAACAAGAUUUCUACAUCGAAGGGCCUCGGGCAGCUAGCUGCAAAUUACAUUUCUUUAGAAGCCAUUAACCUUGACGGCAACCCUGCACAGAAGAACGUUGGUGAUGAGCACCUAAAGAAGUAUCUGCUGGGUCUCCUACCAAACCUUGCUGUGUACAACAAGCACCCUAUUAGAGCAACUGGUUCAAAAGAGGUCUCAGACCGUCAUACCCGCAAAAUCUCUUCCUCGCACCGUUCUGACCGCGGUGGCAGAUCGGAUCGCAAAUCUUCCAAGCUGGUGGGUGCCUCAUCUUCUCACAAACCACAGAGCUCACGGCAUGCCCGCUCCGGAUAUGCCUCAGGCUCAAUGCUGAAGCACUCAAGGGCCCGGAACAUGCCCACGACUUUGCUGGGGUCAAGACCAACUGAACAUGUGAGUGCCAUAGAUGCGGUGAAGCAGGCUCAGUUACAGGGAAACACGCAAUAAGAUGAGUGAAUGGCAACUUAUCCAUAGCCUGUCAGCUUUGUGCGUGAAGGAAUAAAGAAGUCACCAGUUUUGCUGAUCAUUUUGUCUUGUGAAUAAAGCUCGAAACAAUAAGCAGAGAGCAGGGCUUUUUUAUGAGUCCAUACGUUUUGGAUAUUGCUUAGUGCUAUUGAUUGAUGUCAAAUGCGAAUUGUACAAUGUAUCAUCAGUUUUGCUGUUCAUUUUUUUCCCCUUACGAAUAAUGCUGGAAACAAUAUGAGUAGGAUUUCUAUCAAGUCAUAUGUUGUGUGACAUUGGUGAGUAUGCUUUUUGCUUGGGGAUAAAUGAAUUCUUGUUUUGAAUAA